AUGUCCUCAAAACCGAGAGUCGUGGCCCUGGGUCAUCCCCAGUAUGCAGGUGCUGACUACAUCACCGAAUUCCAAAAAGAGUUCAACUUUUCCGUAUUGCAUGCUACAAACCGUGCCGAGACGCAGAAGAUGUUACCAGAAGACAUCGCCGCCAACGGCCCCAUAGACGCCUUCCUGAUUCGCAUGGGUACCCCGCCCUACGAACCUUUCGACCAAGACCUCCUCAAAGCGCUAGUCCCAGACUGCAAGAUCAUCGUAUCAGCGAGUGCGGGAUACAAUGAGUUCGAUGUGCAAUGGAUGGCAGACGAGGGAAUCUGGUUUUGUAAUACCGUAAACGCAGUAGCCGAGGCUACGGCAGAUAUGGCCCUGUUCUUGAUUUUGGCUGUGUUGAGGAAUACAACCAAUGCGGAGAAGAGUGCUCGAAAUGGGACCUGGAGAUCACCGAAUGGCGGUGGGAUUGUUCCUGCGCGAGAUCCCGCCGGUCUCACCUUGGGAAUCGUGGGAAUGGGUGCGAUUGGGAAGUACAUUGCCAAAAAGGCCGCUUGCUUCAACAUGAAGAUCGUCUAUCACAAUAGGAACCAGUUGUCUGCGGAUGAGGAGGCUCGAUAUGGGGCUACAUACUGCAACACUUUGCAUGAUUUGCUUGCUACAAGUGACGUUGUCUCACUGAGCUGUCCGCUCAAUGCAAACACAACAAAUCUGAUUAGUGAAGCCGAGUUUGCGGCCAUGAAAGAUGGCGUAUUCUUGGUCAACACUUCUCGUGGUGCGGUUCUUGACGAGAAGGCCUUAAUCGCUAGUCUGGAGAGCGGCAAGGUGGCACGCGCUGGGCUGGACGUCUUUGUCAAUGAGCCGUCUCCCAAUCCAUGGUUCCUCCAGAGUGACAAGGUAGUUAUUCAACCGCAUCUUGGUGGCUUGACGGAUGUUGCCUAUCGGAAAGCAGAACGGGAGUGCUUUGAGAAUAUCCGGGCUUUUUUUACUAAAGGACAUGCAAACUCACCGGUAAUGGAGAUCAAGGUCAUAACAUGA